AUGGCUGUUAGUGGGGUGUACCCCAUGGAAGCGAUGGAUUAUUCUGCACCAUCCCUCCGGUUCGGCCCACGGCCCCGGAGUGCACGGCUGUUCGGCAGUGGUCUCGGUAAUGGACCAAGAAAGACUACACGAGAUGGUCAGCAGCCCAAACGGCGCGGCCCAAAGCCAGAUAGCAAGCCUGCGCUUACCAGGCGACAGGAGCUAAACCGCCAGGCUCAAAGGACACAUCGCGAGCGAAAAGAGAAGUACAUGAGAAAUCUAGAGAUCGAGGUAUCGCGGUUGCGGGAAGCCUACACUACCGAGAUCAUAGACGCCACCACAUCAGUUCACCAACACAAAGAGAUGCUGCAUUGGAUGCAAGUGGAGAACGACAUUCUGAAGGAUAUUCUUAUAGCGAGCGGAAUUCAAUACGAAGCGGAAUUACAACGCCGCCGGGCGGAACAUCCAUUCCAACCAAGCCCUAUUCAUGUCGCUCCUAUUAAUAUCGCACCCAGCAGCACUGCGUCGCAGACUGCCCCUCUCGCUAACUCCGCCAGCAAUCACAACACAACCCCUGCAACCACCAUCUCAUCUGGAAUGAGUCCCCGUGCCAAUGGCAUGGAUCACUCCGAGAUCCCGCCCAUGAUUGGAUAUGCCUCGCAGCCACAAGUGUAUCACAAUGCAGAGCAUUCCAUGAACAUGGAUCAUUCAUGUGGACCAAUUGAUAUCAUGCAGCCCAUGCCAGCUACCAUGGGAGGUAUCUUCGAAUCGGACCCGCAGCUGCAGGUUGACUUUAUCCUAACACUCGAAAGCCCCUGCCGCGAACAUACAGACUAUCUCUGCCGACGGUCAAUCACAGAAGCCGACGAUGAAGACAUGCCAUUUUCCGGCCACGCCUUGAUGGCCUCAUGCCCACCACCAAGCUACAUCGCAAAAACCACACACGAACAACCAUACCCGCACAAGGCGCCCGAUCUCCCACACGCAAACCUCAGCACGCUCCUCAAUCUCAGUCGACAGCUCGUGACAGAUGGACAAAUCACGCCUAUCAUGGCGCUGCAAUGUCUCAAGAACCACGAGCUGUAUACGACGUUGCGUCGCGACGACAUCAAGAUCAUCAUGGACACGCUCAACACCAAGGUCCGGUGCUACGGCUUCGGUGCUGUGGUCGAGGACUUUGAGUUGAUAGAUUGUUUGAGUAGCGUGCUCGGCACCAAGGUCGAACUCGGUAUGUCCGGUACAGCCGAUGAGUCGAUGUAUGGGUGA